CCUCCUUUCCUCGCCCCUUCGCCCGCGCGCUCUCCGCUCGCCUCUUCCUCCCCCCUCCCUCUCCAAUCGGUAAUCUCCGCGCGUGUAGGAUCGCCCUGAGAGACCACCUGCCUUCGCUUGCCUCUCCUCCUCCUUCAGGAAUAUCCACCUGCCCCCCCCCCUUGCAUUGGAUUACCUCCCCCUGUCGUCGCCCCGACCCCGCGACGUCUCUUUUUACUACCAGCCACCAUGGGAAGUGGCAUGAGCCGCGCGCUGGCCAAGAUGUUCGGCAACAAGGAGCUCCGCAUCCUGAUGCUGGGCCUCGAUGCCGCCGGCAAGACCUCCAUCCUUUACAAGCUGAAGCUUGGUGAGUCGGUACAGACGAUUCCCACUGUCGGCUUCAACGUCGAGACUGUCACCUUUAAGAACGUCCGCUUUAAUGUCUGGGACGUUGGUGGUCAGGACAAGAUCCGCCCGCUCUGGCGCCACUACUACGCCGGCACCCAGGGCCUGGUGUUCGUGAUCGAUUCGGCUGACUCCGAGCGUCUUGAGGAGGCGCGCACCGAGCUCCACCGCAUUCUCGGUGACAAGGAGAUGCGCGAUGCCGUGCUGCUCGUCUUCGCCAACAAGCAGGACAUCGAGGGUGCCGCCACCCCGGCCAUGAUCACCGAGCGCCUUGGUCUUCAGAAGCUCACCGAUCGCCAGUGGUAUGUCCAGCCGAGCUGCGCCAUCCAGGGCACCGGUCUGGCGGAGGGGCUCACCUGGCUCAACCAGAAUGUCAAGCAGUAAUGCGCAAUAGCUGCCCUUCAUGUGACCUGCUUUGGGUCGUCGCUUUCUUCCUCCCCCCGCUGCUGCGGUGCAUCCCAUGCAGAAGGCCGGCACAGAGGACCGGGCGAAGGCAGGGCCACAAAUGUGCAUGCGCCACCCUGCCCCUGCGCAUCUGCUCCUCCCUCCUCUCUGCCCCAUAUGCCCUCUCGCGCUUGCCAUCGCACGCACGCACGUAGUCCAUAUCCCCUACACAGAUCGGUGAUGGGUAUGCAUACAAGUGCAUUCUCCCCCUCCCUGCUCCCCUCCUCCAGCAUUGCUUCCUUGCCUCCCCCCCCCCCCUCCUCUC